UCUGGCUGAGGAGUGAGAGCACACAACAGCAGCAGCAGGAUUGAUCAGAGUCAAAUCAACUUCUUAUACCUCCAGCUAGCCAACUUUCCACCACAUUUUCAUUCCACCACCACGAUCACCUCCACACCAACUGUUCAUGCAAUCUUCCACCAUUUACUUCUGGUUCACCGACACAGGAGCACACCAUCAGCCAUCACCUGUCCGCAACUUCCGCUUCUUUACAAUAAAGGCGCCCUCGAGUAGGAAAAAGGAACGCACGGAAUAAGAACCCGCACGACUUUUUUAAGUACCAGCAGGGCCCACCAAAAAAAGCCUCCUCCUCUUCACGACCCAUACUUACUUACUUUCUUCUCGGCCCCUUUAAACCUCUAGUCUCACUCUUCUGCAACUUCUACUACUUUCCAUCACAAUUCUAAGUUCAAGGAAGCUAAAAAUUACUACUCCCCACAACUAAACAACAACUUGUCCCAUCACUACCACCAACAACAAAGAACCACACCACAGACACCACCAAAAUAAAAUUGCUCCUCAUCAUCACCAACCAAAUGAACAACACAGUUUCAUUUAUUAAGACGGACGGGGGAUUGGAGUGAAACGAGUUAGUUGGGUUUGAGACGGUGAACGGAAUUGAUAGCUAAAAACCAACAUCAACCAAAAGGAAAGCCUGUAUCCUACAUAUCGUGUGAACCACUAUAAAACUUGGACAAGUUGAGACGACGUACGUAUUUGGUCUGGAAAUUUGUCGUGCAAUUUUCCAUAUAUAAAUAUAUGUUCAUAUCUUCGCAUAUCACUUAAUUAGAGCAAGAACGAAGGAAUAAAACAACUCUGCAAAAGUAAAAGAAAAAAAAUACUAAAAUAAUACGAAAAAGACGGGGACGGGGACGAACCCAAAAAACUUUUGCAAAUUCCUGAGGAAAGAAAGAAGAAUUAGUAUUUAUUGUUGACAAAUAUCGUGCAAAGCGGAAUAAGUAUAGGAUCGAUUUGUCAGGAAUCGAUUGCAAUCACCGACCGACAGAAACGUCGACCAACCAAACAUAUCAUGUUACCCAUCCAGGAGAAAUAAUCAACAUCUUCGUAAACCAUUUGCCUUGUUCACCAUAUCAUCAUCAUCAUCAUCGUAAUCGUCUAGAAGAAAAAAGAAUAUUAUUAGCAAUUAUUUCAAAACAUAGUCCUAUAAAUACUUGGGAUUCCUUUAAAUAGUGUAAAUCGUGUCCUUUUGCCUUAUUCUUCAACUACGACAAAGUUCAAAUCAAUGCAAAUCAAUCCAGGAAGGAAUAAAUUGACAAAUAGGAGAAAAGUGCUGUACUGAACCCCGUUGAAAUCGAUACCAUUAUUAUUACUAAAAAUAAUACUACCAAAGUGGAACUACUCUGAUUCAUAGUGAAUGAAACCCACCGUGCCUCAAGACGGAACGAGCAUAUCAUAAAAUCUCUCCGAAAUCGAAUACAAAAAAAAACUAAUAAAAACCAAAAAGAUAAUUUUUCACUGAAAAAAAGAAGGAAUUUUUAAAAGAAAACUUUACAAUCCAUUUAAAAAUUAAGGUAAUUGUCGUCAACAGAGGAUAAUAAAAUGUUUAUUUAUUAUUGACGAGCAUUCCAUCAACGUCAAGACAGGAGACCACGCCACACCAACCACACCACAUUUUGCGAGGAGAGAAGGUUUCCAGGAAAAAAUCCAUAGCAAGAUCAGCAAGUGCAGAAGAAGCAUCAGCAUCCACUUUUUAAAGACGUGCUCACUCACUUCCUUUGCUGCUGUUCAAUUCAACGUUCAACCACUAAAGUUGAUACUCUUGGGUCCUCGCCGGGUGUAGGGCUACUAUUAUUGGAUCAUCGUCAUCUUAUUUGCAAUGGACACCCCCAGUGCUUUAAGUCAGAGCAUGGACUCGGUCAACACGGCUGCGGGAGAAGAAGAGGUGCGAACCCUUUUCGUCAGUGGCUUACCCAUGGAUGCGAAACCACGCGAGCUUUAUCUUCUCUUUCGAGGAUAUGAUGGAUAUGAAGGAUCCCAGUUGAAAGUGACCAGCAAAAAUGGGAAAACUUCAUCGCCCGUGGGAUUCGUGACUUUCACUUCAAGGUCUGAGGCUGAGGCUGCUAAGCAAGUGCUUCAGGGAGUCCAGUUCGACCCCGACUUGCCGCAAACGAUUAGACUGGAAUUUGCGAAGAGCAAUACGAAAGCAAGUAAACCGAAACAGCAGCAGCAGCCCGUCUCGGCUCCACACCCGACGAUAAUGCACUCGUUGGCUGGUCGUAAGUUGUGCUUCUUUUCAUCACUUGGAGAUUCCCGAUGCCAAAUGUUGGAAUCUGUCCCCACAGCAUUGGGAGGACCCUUCUUCACCGGAGCGCCGGAAUUAUGGCCACCACUGGUUUUGAACCAUUCAGCAGCAGCAGCAGCAGCCGCAGCGGCCGGCGAGUUGACAGGUGGCCUUCAAGGACCGACGCUUGUCCAUCCUGCCUUGCAUCCUCAUCAGCAAGCGUUGACACUGGGGGGGCCUGCACUUCACGCCAGUAUACCCCAUUUGUUACCUACUUCACCAUCCCUGGCAUCGCCUGCAUCGGUCGGCUCUGCAUGUUCACAGCAACUUGGUAGUCAUGCCCCCUGCUCCACACUCUUCGUCGCGAACCUGGGAUCAUUCAUUACGGAGCAAGAAUUGAAAGAUAUUUUCGGCAGCUUUCCUGGUUUCAGCAGACUGCGCUUGCACACGAAAGGAGGUAGCCCAGUGGCGUUUGUGGAGUACAUGGACGUGCGGUGUGCGACUCAGUCGAUGGCGGCGCUCCAAGGCUCCUUCCUCCGCUAUUCCGACCGCGGGGGGAUUCGCAUUGAGUAUGCCAAGACGAAAAUGGCCGAAAUCAACGGGCCCAACAGCGUCCUCCUCUCCGCCACCAAUAACGGCACCAUGAACGGGCACGCGUCUCAAUAUAACCACGUAAAUUACUUCACUGUUACCAGCACCUCUGAAAAUCCCAGUAGUCAACAUCCCAUGUAUGGAAAUCCCAAUUUCCAUCGCCACCUUGUCGACGCCAUCUAAUCAGUUGCCCCACUUCACACUUAUUCAUAAUUUCUAAACAGAAAAAAAACUGGCAAAAAAAUAACUAACGAAUGACGAGAGGUCAACUAAAUACGUAGGUUGUUCAGCUAGGCUUGUGUAGGUUUCAUCAUAACAGAAAGUAAUUCAGUAUCAAUUAACUUUCUCUUUUAGAAUAUUGUCAUACGUAUAAAUGUGUCAGGAUUCAUCCUCGUUAUUGUUGCAUAUUGUAAAUUUAGUAAAAAUACGUACAUGCAUACACACAUGAUAAUGCUUCUCUGUAAAAUAAUAUGCACUAAUCUACUCGUCAGUAUAUACCGAAUAUCUCACACACAUACACACACAUUAUUCAAGUACUAUUAUUAACUUGCUCACCCACACCGUGCUUUUUAGCCGCAGUUUGAAAAAACAAAUUCUUUGUAAGUCGUAGUCUAUCGUAGUGUAUGAAUCUAAAAAUCAUAACUCCAGAUAACUUUGAGCAUGAAAAAAUCUGAAGUUUGGAUUAUUUAAUUGUUGUCUGCAGGGACUGAUAAUCAAGGAGGAAAGUGGACAGUCCUAACUCACUCACUCUCUCGUUUCAUUUUUCGACGGGCUGGCUGGAUGCAUUUUGACCUAUUGUUCUAUUCACUCUUAUUAACAUCAGAAUACGAAAAUAUCACUCUCAGUCUCUAUUAAUUUAGUAGUAGCCUUAUUAUUUACUUAGCAAAAGUUCCGACACAAAAUACGUAACAUCACUGCAUUAAUUGAGAACAGCAGAGUCUCUACAAAACAGAUUAAACAUUUUAACAGCACUAUUUCCACUUUCACCUCUCGAAAAUGGGAGAGAAAGGAGCAUAAAUUUUAGAAGCCAUGCAAGAAAUCUCUGACAUAAUCAAAGAUCGUAUAAUAAUACCAAGGUUGGAUGCACUCUCACUCGUAGCUAGAUUUUGAAACCCUAUAGAUUCCUAUGAUUUUAUUAACAUUCUCUUAUUCUUAUGCCCGCUUGACAAAACCACCUCCCUGACCUAUUACUAUUUAAAACACGUCUGUUUUUCUCCAAAUUAAGUUAAUGUGUGUUCAUGCAUUCUUUCUUUUCCUAUUCAUUACAAGAUGUUGGUGGGAUACGACCAAUAGUCUUUGAAGAUGUGUCCUGAACCCUGUGAACUUGAAGCUUAUCGCCACUUCUGGUCAACUCGUCUCCUAUCUUCAGUUUAUUGUUGCAUGAACUAAAAAAAAACAUUGCUGCUGUUGCUGUGCAUUGCAAACUGCGAACUUUCCUGAUCGAACUGAAACUGAUUGAUUUUCGUGACGCAACAAUUCAAAAUUUUAUUUGUGCUACUACCAAACAAGAAAACAUGAUGAUAAUUAUUUAGAUAAAUAUAUAUAAAUAUAUAUUGUCGAUAUUUUAGUUUGCUUAGAUUUUUAUAUUGACGAGAAAGGAAGGAAAUAAGAAAAUACGUUCAUUAGACUGAUGAUGACGAUAUCUCGUGGGUGGUGGUGGUAAUGAUUGUGGUUGGUGGUUAUCUUUCUUGAAGCCACCACCAAGUCUGUUAACCACACGUCUUAUUGUUACCUCUGGAAACUACGAGUGUGCUUUGAAAUCUGCAUUCUGAUGAUUACAAGUUUUGUGGUAUUAUUUUGUUACUAUUUUUAUUAAUUAGUCGUGAUUAUCUAUUACCUUUCUUAAAUUUAGUACUAUUUAGGAAAAACCAAUAAUUAAAUAUGAGAAACGUAGUAGUGACAGUAUAAACUAUAUACAAACACACAUAAACACACAACAGACAAGAACUGGACCAGUCGAAAUGCUGCGAGUUAUUGCGAUUCAUAAUAAUUAGGAUAAAUACUUAAAUAUCUAUGUACGUUAAAAAUAUUUUGUAAAACUAGGAUAUAAGACAAAAUAUCUUGUUAUUUCUUAAAGUUGUGAUAUGCGAAGUUGCUUGUCGUAUAGUGAUUGGUGGAUCAUAAUGUUGAUGACGAGGAAGGAGGGGUGCUUUCUCCUCGAAAGAAAGUUGGGCUGUGGUGCGUCACUAGUUAAAAUUAAGUAUACAUAUCCAACCAAAGGGUUCUCUGAGAAAGAAAAAAAAGUUGUGAGUUUUCCUAGCACGGAUAACGUCAGAUUUGAAUGAUUUGAUUUGAGACACACGUGCAGAAGCACACACAACUUGUAUAUUGAUACCUACCUACGACGGCUAUCCAUUACGCGACCACACAAUAAGUUCCCAAAAGAAAAACCAAAGUUGAAACAUCCAAAGAUUUCAUAACAGGAUAGGAAUUCAAGAAAUAUUUUAAAAGGUCACACUCCCCAAUUGACUGAUUGUCUACAGUGGCUUGUCUAUAUUGAUAUUGUUUUUUCGGAAACAGUUACAUACAGUUACGUAAUUAUCAUCGCAUAAAAUCUAAAUAGAUUUGAACUAAAGCAACAAUUCGUCACUAUUUCUUCUCACUCUGUUAGGAUCAAACUUUGAAAUAUUGUUUCUAGUGAAAGUCAUUUUUCUCUAUAUAUUCAUAGAUUACAUUAUAAAAAAAGUCUGGAUGGGUGGUUAGCCUCAUUUUUUUGCUGAAAAAACUCAUCAUUCAUAGCUCCAACUCUUUUCGAGCAUCUUAUUAAUUCUUUGUUCUUCUGGGAUGGAUAUGAGUGCGUAUCAACACUACUUACAAAAGGAGAAGGGAAUGCGUCAGGAUAAGCUAUAACCGUAAAAUUAGUAUAAUACUGUAAUUCUACAUCCAUAUUAGGUAGAGAGAGAGAUAGGUCACAAAGAAUGCUACAGUGCUAUGAAACUAAUACAUAUCAUGAAUCUCUGAAGUUUCACAAAUGACCAAAGCCGAUGCCGAGCGUAUAUCUAUCUACUUAGAAUCUAUAGGGUACAACUAACUAACUACCUAACUAACCAAAUAAUUGAGGCUAUUUAAAAUGGAUCACAAAUAUCUAUUCGUCUAAUAAAACAGAGAAAACGGUCCCAUUCUCAUCAUCCCAGUUAUGACAUGUAAAAUACCAUUCAUAUCAUAUCAUCAUCCUGCGAGAUAAAGUAGGAGACAGUGUAGUGAGACAACACAACUUGUUGUAAUAAAAACAGGAUUGCAAUUAAAAUUUUGAAAAACUCUCAUAAUAAUCUGAAGACAAACACAAAAGAACUGCAAUGAGAGAGUUUUUUCUGAAAUAAAUGGAUUUAUUCAUGCAAACACAGAACAGACUUACAUUACAUUUCAACUCGUCAAUCUCAAUCCGUCCAAACGCGAUCAAUCAUAUCGGGCCGUUGUGUUUGCUAAAACUUCGUAUCGUAUUUGUAUCUAUUUAAAGAUAUCCACUUAUUGUUAGACAAGAAAAAACACUUGAUGCAUGAAAUGGAGAAAGAACGAAUUUCUUUUUUGUACUCUGUUCAUUUCCAGUGCAUACUUUCACCAGCUACGGUUUAAUGCCUUUUUUAUUGUCAAUUGAAAAAUAAGUAUGUAGGACGUACUCGACUAAAUAAACAACCUUCAUUCGUAGCAAAGUCUGUAAUAUUCUCGUCGUUAAAAUGAUAGGCGUUUAUUUUCAUUUGAUAAGUUUAGUACAUUCCCCGAUUUUGAUAUUACUUUAAACUGAUGUCAGAUAAAAAAAGCUCAAAUUUAUGUAAGUAGCAUAUUAAACAUCCCUCGAUCAUAAUGCAUAAUUUCAAGUAUGGAAGAUAAUUUCUAAUCAUGACGACUUUUCUUUCAAUUAUUGUGAAUACGAACAAUUUGUAGUAGUGUGGGCACGGCUGUGAUAUAAAUUGAGGAGUGUGGUUUACAUGGAAAAAAUACAUGAAAGGAUUGAAAUUGAGGAAGGACGACAUAGUUUGUGCUGGUUGUGUUGAUUUGGUCAUAAUGAUAAAAUAGUAGUAAUGCUAAACAUUAUAUAUAAUUAAGAGAUUCGGUGCGAUAGUUGGUAGGACGUACGUAGGGUUAGAUAGGUUACGAGGAAAUAGAGAUCAUGUAAACUUAUAAGGAUACCAAAAUACUUACCGAUGUAUGUCUGUAAUUGCGUGUGUGGUUAAAAAAUCAAGGGUUUCUACAUACAGUAAACCGAAUUAUAAUCGGAUUCGAUUAUCCAAAAUGAUCGCCUUUUGAGACGAUUGUAAUUUAAUAAUCAUUUUCGAUUAUAAUCGACAUAUGUAAUAAACCGGAAUAGUGAAAACUCAAUCUUAGUGAAAAAAUACAUCAUUUAUCAAUCAUAUAAUUAUUGUAAUAUAAUUUUUCCUCCCGCAAUACGUACUACAUAUGAUGAUGAUGAUAUGAUAAGUCGAAGGACUUUUUUUCAAAGUAUAGCCACACACCCCAAACCACAAUCCAACCCAAUAAUAUCAUGCAGUUGUAUCAUGUAGUUUAUUUUGACGAAAGAAAGAAAUCCAGAUGCCUUACAAACAAAACGCAAAAGAAAAUGAAGGAUGCAUUCUGACUCUUGAGUAAAAUGGGAGGACGUUGUUUUUAGAAAAAAAUUGUGAAGAAGGAAGGUUUCCCAACUGAUUUCACAUAAAAAUAAUUCCACCGUUUUGCCUAGAAAUCUAGCAACAAAUACAUAUCUCAGAACUGUGCUAGCCUCAACGACGCAGCAGCAACUAAUUGUGGUUAGUUAAAUAUAAUAAUUAUCUCAUAACCAGCCCCUUGUUGCUUACAUGUUUACAAUAAUUAGCAACUAAGUAAGAAGGAAAUACAGUACUGCUCUAUUAAUUCAUAACAAUAUAAUAAUAAUAAUAAUACUAACGAUACAAA